UCCGCCUUUAAAAUAAGCGCCGAUCGUUUCUGAUUUCCCUCAAACCUCAACGCUUCCAAGUUUUCGAAUUGAGGAUCACAGCGGGAACAAACGAUGGACGGGCGAAAUUCGGAUGAGUCGAAACCAAACACUGCUGAUAUGUCUAUUUUUGUGCGAGAUCUUCUUCAACAAAUGUCUGAAUUGUGUGACUUCUAUUCUUUACUUAACUUCAAAGCACUUGAUGAAAUGGGAGACCGUAUAAACGAGCUGGAGAACAGCGUCAAUGACCUAAAAGCAGAGAUAGGCGUGGAUGGCUCUCCUUCCCCUUUAGCCCCAUCAAAGAAAAAGUCAGACUCAGCAAAGCAAUAAGAUGGCUCAACAUAAAACUUGGCCAAAGAUUGUGUUUAGCAGUUGAUUGUGAUUGUAAUUAGGUGAUAUUUUGUUUCGAUUGAGACUACUUUGGCAAGCAAGAGUAGGGACAUUACUGUGUCCCUCUUUUCCAGUUUCUUUUACAUGUACCAAGUUUUUCUUCUGUGCACUCUGUUGUUUAGCAAUUUGUAGAGGGA